AUGAGACGUGUCAUGACAAUGGCUACUCUUGAGUCUCUUAAAAGAGCUCUUUGGCAAAAAGCCGACGACAUGGCAACCGCUGGAGAGCAGCGGUUAUCCGAUGCUCAAUACAGCGCUGGUUUCGAUAUCUUGAUACAUGGUCCAGGAUGGACCACGUACGACAAUUCUAUCAUCCUGCAACUUCAGGAGCAGCUAUCUCCCCUUUUCGACUCACGACGCCAUAUCUCGGUGCUUGAAAUCGGACCUGGCCCGGAGAGUAUCCUUGGUAGUCUUCCACUUGAAUGGAGAGACCGAGUCGAGACUUACACCGCAUUUGAGCCUAAUGAUCUUUUUGCCACAAAACUCUUGGAUUCUCUAGAUAACCGUCGUCCUUGGACCAGACUACGUUAUCUGAAGAGCCCACCAGACAUACGCCGAACCCCGUUCGUUCUAGACAAUAACAUCCUGAGCGGUGCGAGCGAUUGCUGUGGUAAAUACGACACUAUUUUCCUUUGUCAUAGCAUGUACGGAAUGAAGCCCAAGAAUAAAUUCAUCGAGCAGGUGAUAAAAUUGCUUGCUGAGGGCGGUAUUGCGGUGGUUUUCCACCGCCAUGGUGCCCUGGAUUUGGAUGGUCUGAAAUACCAUCGAAUGAAUUCAUUCCCCACAGGAGUUGUUUCUGUCCUAGAUGAAGAUGAUGCUCUGGACCGGUUUACUGCUUCUAUUGUAGGGUGUACCAUGCAGGACGCGGAUUUGGACAAGGCUAUGCGAAUCGAGUGGCGUAAAGCAUGCCGUUCUUUGGCUCGUCGCGAGGACUCCGAACCCGGCCAGCUUCUCUUCAGUGCAACAAAUGUCAUGAUGACAUUCACCGCACUUACCCUUUCGUUGUUGGAGCUGAAUGCUCUCGUACCGUUCGUGAAUGAAGAUUGUUUCAAGACGAUUAAGAGCCACGAAGCUCGCUUUCAUCACCCGGCCUCAAUUGUAAAGCCAACCGAAGUCCAACAGAUACAAGAAUGCGUCCAUUGGGCUUUGAACCAUGGAUUGGGUCUGACCGUCGUUGGUGGAGGCCAUAGUGGUCACUGUCUCUGGCCCGAUGUUGUCGCUAUCGACAUGAGCGCUUUUAGGCAGGUCCAUAUUCUUAAAUCGCAGGACGAAGAUCCCCUGGUCGUAGCGGAAGCUGGCUGCAAUACAGGGGAGAUAAUCCGUGAGACCAUGAAAACUGGUCUGACAGUUCCCCUAGGUGCGCGCCCAAGUGUUGGCGCUGGGUCAUGGCUGCAAGGCGGGAUAGGCCAUCUUGCUAGAUUGCACGGACUCGCCUGUGAUUCCAUUGUUGGCGCCGUUAUCGUCAGCGUUAAGUCUGGUCACGUCCUCUACGCUGGUAAUGUACCAAGCGAAUAUCGACCAGCUGGUGCCAUACGCCCGGAGAACGAAGACGAUCUUUUAUGGGCAAUUAAAGGUGCCGGGACUAAUUUUGGCAUCAUAGUCAGUGUCACUUUCAAAGCUUACACCGCACCUAGAUUUUCGGUUCGAAAUUGGGUUUUACCAAUGAGCGACGACAUCGACACUCGGCUCAAACUUAAGGAAUUCUAUGAUCGUAUUGCCAAGCAGCUACCCAAGAAUACCUCUACAGACGCGUAUCUAUUCUGGGAUCUUGAUAAAUUGCACCUUGGUGUGACGAUGUUCGAAGCUUCGAGUCCCGGCUCAAGUUUGGCAACAAUGGUCUCUACUGCUGUAAAUGAGAUUUUGGGACUUGAAAUUGAUUCCAAGGCUGUCAAUUGCGUUGAACUGUUCGAGACAGACAUGUAUAUGUCCAAGCUACACGGUGGGCACGGCGGUGGUAAAACUUCUUCCUUCAAGCGAUGUGUAUUCUUAAAGAAUAUUGGAGAAGACAGCGUUGCAAACCUCAUGAUUUCAGCCGUUAAGAACCGGCCGACACCUUUAUGCUAUCUCCAUCUACUACAAGGAGGUGGAGCUGUUGCAGAUGUCGCGGCUGAUGCCACGGCUUUCGGUUCUCGAGAUUGGGACUUUGCAUGCAUCAUCACCGGUGUUUGGCCUCGAGACGAAGAUGACACCGCAGACUCAGAACGUGUCAAGCUAUGGGUUUACAAAACUGCCAGCGACUUGUUAUCUUUGGGUACUGCAGCUUACAAUACCGACCUUGGACCGGACCCCAGAGACGCCGUGCUCACGGCAAAGAUUUUUCGAGGAAGUCUUUCACGGCUAAAGGAUCUCAAACGCAGCUUGGACCCGCAUAUUGUCCUAGCUUACGCCUGUCCGAUUCUGGAAGCGCGGCUGGGACCGAAGCUUAUCUUUCUUGUCACGGGCAAGAGUGGCGUUGGCAAAGAUCAUUGUGCAAAGGUCUGGGUCGAAAUGUUUGAUGGUUAUGACAACGAAUUUAAAAUGCGCGCGGUCAGCAUCAGUGAUGUUCUCAAGCGAAAAUAUGCCGCCGCUAGAGGUGCCGACCUUAAUAUGCUGCUUAAUGACCGUGCCUACAAGGAACAACACCGGGCAGCGCUGACGGAAUUUUUCCAAGAGCAGGUACGGAAUCGACCUAAGCUGCCAGAGGAGAAUUUUCUGAAUCUCGUGUCUGAACACUCAGAUGCAGACGUUCUGCUGAUUACGGGUAUGAGAGAUGAGGCACCGCUUGCAGCCUUUUCGCAUUUAGUUCCGGAUAGCAGAUUACUCGAUGUACGCGUACAAGCCAGUGAAGAAAUGCGGCGCAUUCGCCGUGGUUGCUCAAGUCGUGAGGACGACGGUGACCGUUUCGGCGACAAUCGCGGCUCAGAUUCAACGACCCUGGAAUAUCGCCCCAGUUUUGUCUUUGAUAAUAACACGAACGGAGUUAGCGAAGCCUGUAGGUUUUUCAGGGAACUUUUACUUCUCUUCCUGAACGAGGACUUGCAAAAGCUAGCCGACAUGGUGCCCAGGGUAAUUGAUUUCCCAAGUCCUGGCAUUGAAUUCCGCAACGUGCUCGGUAUUGCCAAGCAGAAAGGCGGAUUAGGUAUUUGCAUAUCUCGGCUAAAAGCUCAUUUCCCUGGUGACUGGUCUGAUGUGGAUGCCAUUGUGAGUUGUGAGGUCGGUGGUUUUGUCUUUGCGUCCCCAUUGGCCGUGGAGGUUGAUGUUCCCUUGGUACUCAUUCGCGAAGCUGGGAAACUUCCCUCACCCACUGUUUCUGUUAAGAAAACAUCCUCAUACAUCUCGUCUUUGGAACCCAACAAGCCGAAAGAGAAGGUGAUUGAAAUAGAGCAAAAUGCCAUUUCUCGCGAUGCCUCCGUUGUGGUGGUCGACGAUGUCCUCUCCACGGGGGAGACACUCUGUGCGGUAUUGGAACUGUUGGAAAAAGCUGGUAUCGGGGCGGAGAAUGUCAGCGUCAUGGUCGUGGCAGAGUUCACAGCCCAUCGUGGCAGGCAGUUACUGCGUGAGCGCGGAUUUGGCAAAGUCUACGUUCAAAGCCUUUUGGUCUUUGGUGGGCCUUAA